GGGCGGCAAACAGGAGGUUUGUGAGAGAGAAAGGGAAAGGGAGAGGGAAAGAGAGAUGUUGGCAGUUGUGCCACGGAGGUUAUCAUGGGGGCUCCCUCAUUUGCUGAGCACACAGAAGCAGAAACCUCCAACGUUCCGAAACUUUUCGGGUAAUUCUGCCGGAAACGGCUGGUUGGGCAAGUUUGAACUGAACGCUGCAACUUCCAACGACUUGGUUUCGGUUUCUGUGCCCAAACACUCUCCUCUCUCUGGAUUGGAGGAUCUACUUUUGAGCUUUAUCUCGGGCAAGAAGAAGGCCACAGAAGUUGCUCACUCGGUUUGGAAACGUGUGGUCCAAAAAGGAGAUACGGUAAUUGACGCCACUUGUGGCAAUGGCCAUGAUACCUUAGCAAUGCUCAAGAUGGUAGCUGAUGAAUCAGGUAAAGGUUCAGUUUAUGGAAUGGAUAUUCAGGAAGUUGCUUUACAGAAAACUUCUUCUUUGCUGGAAGAGUCGGUCAGUCCAAAAGAGAAAGAACUUGUUAAGCUCUUCUCCAAAUGUCACAGUAAAAUGCGUGAAGUUCUUCUGCAGGAUACAUGUGUUAGGCUUGUUGCUUUCAACCUAGGCUAUCUUCCUGGUGGCGACAAAACAAUAAUCACUGAAUCAGGAACAACACUGAAAGCACUGGAAGUUGCAAAAGAUAUCCUGCUGCCAGGAGGGCUUAUCAGCUUAGUGGUUUAUGUGGGGCAUCCUGGUGGAUGGUCAAGGAAUUUUGUUCUACUGCUAUAUCUCGGGCUGGAAACACAUCUAAAAUGAUGGUGCUUGUGAAGUGAAUUGAAUGCCCCACAGCAAGGAGGUCCAACAUACCAUGUCUUUGUUUUCAGAAAAUGGGAACACAAUAUCCACCACCAAUUGCUUCUGGUGAUUUUUGGAGAGGAAUUAUUGACUUUUAAAAAGGUUACCAACUACUGUUCAAAAAGAGAGAUAAAAAAACCCAAUCCUUGUCAAAUUAUUGAUUUUAUACUCUUCAAUCUGAAUUGAUGGUUUGCUACUGGGUCUAAUUAAGAAAACAAUGUGAUCUUGAAAUUGAAAAAAAGAUUCAUAUCUUAACACUUAUUCAAUGCAUCAUAAAGCAUCCUGGUCUGCAUUUGAAAAAACGUCCCAACUCCCAACACAAAUUUGAAAAUACUUAUCCGGAAGUUGAGAAAGGUUUCAUAACCUAUAUAUACUCUUUCACAUUCCAAGUGUACCAUAUGUUAUAAACUUAUAAUAUAUACAUGUAUUGCUUUUCUUCUCUUUCACACCUUCUAUGGUAUACAACCAGAGAAAUUGUAACCCAUUUUUCUUGUGCAACACCAAGUGAAAAGAAAAUAAAUAAAUAAAUCAUUCCAUACUGUUAUUACCUUUUCAUGUUCUUAUUUUGAAAUUUUGCAAUCUCCAUGACUGACAAUACUAUUGAUGGUGUAUCGAAGCUCAUAUGAGGCAAAUAGUAUACCAACUCUAAAAGUUUAGGAGUACCUUUGCUGCAGAAGAUGAAACGUGCAUUCUCUUGUACGCUGGGCUAGGUUUGAUUUUCCUUGAAAUGAUAGCUUUAUUUGCAUGGUGAUGGAACUGUGGGAAUGGUUUAUGUCAGUGAGAACUGAGAACUGAUAGGUUUAGAGCUUUGUACAAUGAAUGCUUUCUUAUGUCUUGGUCUGUUUGUUCCAAUAUGUUAUAGACAUACUUUAUUACAAUAUUCCAAGGUUUUCAUAUAUGAUACAUAAGAAGACCACUUCCUUCAGUCCAUGUUACUUCAUAUUUGGGGCAACAACUUGUUAUAUGCUAUAGAUUUA